GCAGUCACGCAGGGCCCGUUUGGAGCAUGCGCACUUCCUUCCUCCAGCAGAGUAAUACGCGUGUGUAACAAUCACACUUCGGAAAAAGUCUGUUCCAAAAACACACCAUUGUAAAGAUACAAAUUGUGUUUUCACCACCAUGGGAGGACAAGCAAAGGGAAAAAAGAAAAACAAGCCGAAGAAGAAAGACAACCGCCCAAACACAGACGCAGGAUUUGUUGGAUUGUCACCCCAAGAAAGGAUGAAACUAAGGGUACAUGAAAAAGCCAAGAAGAAGACAGCUGAGAAGUACUCAGUGCAACAACUACUCGAAAAGACGGAGGAAUACAUGGACAGUUUUGACUUUGAGAUGGCUGGCCUUUUCUGUCAACGAGCCCUGGAUGUGGAGUCAACCAACCUGCAAGCACUAGACAUGCAGGGACACAUCUGCUCUGAACUGGGAGACACACAGAAAGCCAAAGGAGCUUUUCUGCGUGCCGUGGAGCUGAGCCCAGAUGUUGGCCACAGUAAGUACAUGUACCUUGGGCAAAGCCACACAGGCCAGCAGGCAGUGGACUACUACACCAAAGGAAUACAAGUCCUGCUGUCUACAUUGGAGAAAAAAGCACAGACCCCAGCUCAAGCCGGAGCUGCUGCCCCCCACGAAGAGACCACUGAGCUCCCCACAGCGAAGGAUGUGUGUAUAGCCUACUGCUCUAUGGCUGAGAUUUACCUAACAGACCUCUGCAUGGAAGAGGGAGCUGCAGACAAGUGCAAGGAGUUUAUUGAGCGUGCAUUACAGCAUCACCAUGACAACCCUGAGGCUUUACAGCUCAUGGCAAGUUACCUGUUCAGUACAGAGCGAAACCAGGAAGGCAAAGAAUACCUGUUGAAGAGUGUUGGAUUGUGGCUGCCUGCUCAGAAACAAAGUGCAGCUUCUUUCAGCACAGAGGAAGACAUGCAGGAUGACAUCCCGCCGUACGAGUCUCGCGUCACCACGGCCAAGCUGCUCAUCGAGACGGAGGAAUACGAGAUGGCGGUGGAUGUGUUGGAGGGCCUUCUGGAGGAGGAUGAUGAAGUAGUGCAGGUGUGGUAUCUCUCCGGCUGGGUGUGCCACCUCCAGUUGGAAAAGGCGAAGGAGCAGCAAGAAAGAGACAGCAGAGACGUGACGGAGGUGGAGACAGAGGAGUGGAAAGCAUUGAAGGAGGCGGCCCGAUCGUACCUGACCAACGCUAAGAAGUUGUACAGUAAGUUGCGGUGUGAUGACCAGCCGAUGUUGGAGCACGUGGAGCAGCUGCUCGGCGAGCUGGGAGGAGAGUUGGUGGGAGAGGAGGGGGACCCGCUCCUCAAUGAAGACUAUGAACCCUGUAGUGAGGAGGAGGAGGAGGACGAUGAUGUAGAGGCCCCUAUGGAACACUGACAACAGCCCGUCGCUUGCACUCUGUGAUUUCCCUUCUCCCAAUAGUAACUUCUCCCUGUAGUUAAAAUGUUCUUGUGCGCUCUAUAAGUGCCUUUUGUAUUGACUGUCCGUUCCCACCAGUCUAUCAAAGAUUACAUCUGAAAUCAAGUGAGAUGCGGCAUUAAUAGCAGAAGUCUACUCAAUCUCCUUUUGAAUGCUUUUGAUGAAAUAAAUGCAUACUAGUUGUGCUUCCCUUAAUCUCCAUCAUAGAUGUUUUACUUCUCACCAGCGGCUGAAGCAAACCAACUUUGAAUGCCUCUCAUACACACCCACGCAUUUGACUCAAACAAACAAACACACAUGGCAGUUGUGCGCAAACACAAACACAGAAGCAUCACGUUAAUUACUUCAGCUCAUCUUCAAAACAACAGCAACAGUGUUUCCCUCUCAGACGACAUGUCAACAGGAAGUAAACCUUGUUAGACAUUGUGUCUGCCAACAUUCAACACUGUCUUUACAUGUAAUAGUAAAAAUUUUACAAGUUCAUGUACAAUUCUUAAACUGAAUGCCUUUGUCCCUUUUUUUGUUAAAUCAUUGGAUCCAACCAGGCAAGACAUAAAAGAGAAUUUGACGUGUAUCAAGAUUUUUUCUGUCUUCAAAGUGGCUGUCAAAGCCUUUCAGGCAGGAGAAAGGGGCAACUGUUUUUCUUUUCAUCUAGAUUUCACAUCGCAGCCUUUUAAAAGUCUCCGCCAUGGCUACGUCACUUAACGACAUGGGUGGUGUAAUGGAAUGGCACAAUGACAUAGGAUUUAUACUUUGAUAUUUUUUACAAUUAAAUGUAAGUGGUAGAACAGAACAGAUCUUCUUUGCAGGGUAAGGAUUAGAAAGUCUUUAGAAAAACAAGGCAAAGAAAUAUAAAAAAGACUGAAAAUAUCUAAAACCUACAGUGUGACAUGGUCAAUAUACUUUUCCACAUUACAACACCUAAUAUCUCUGAAUCUUUCCGGCUAACUCUCAAAACCGGCAUUGAAUAACCCAAUUUCACCAGUGUUAACAAUACAAAAUAUAUUGGACCAAACAGUUGCUACUUUUCUCGAGCCCUGGUAUAUUUAUAGAGCAAGUCAAUGUGUGCGCACAUAUACCCUAGUGUAUAUCUCAAUGCAGCAUGCCUGUUAACAAACACCACAGGCAUCCACUGCCGCACGGCUCCUUUGAAGAAUUUUAUAACCAGUAAAUGGGAACGUUAUCUGAGAUCCUGCUCCUGAUAGCGACCCGGCUGCAAGCUGGGAAACCAGUUUGGGAACACGGGGGUUCAGAUUCCUUGAUCUGAUUGUGUACGUUUGUGUUUAAGGAGUGUUAAAUAAAGCUCAGGAGAAACAACAGA